AUGGCUCAACGCGCACCAUUUCCAAGCAACCCUGAGGACUUCGACGCCGACAAUCGCAUCGCAUUCUCCAAGGAGACCAAGUCAUAUUUGCUCGAAGAUGAGAAUGGCGAAGAGUGGGAGUGGCUUCCAGGCCCGGCGAAGUGGUCUAAGACGAUGGACGAAGCUCUUAUGAAGCAACAGCAAGAGAUAUACAAGGUCGCUGGAGUCGACGACGAUGCACCAGCAUUUGAUCCGGUCAAGAAACGCAAGGCUGCCCAGCAGGAUGAUCUGGACUCGAAUAAGAAGGCCAAAGCCAACACUGGAGCCACCGCCACUGCCACUGCCAAAGCCAUUGCCGCCCCGCCUGCCAACAAGCCACGCCAAAGCACCGCUGUUUUCGUUUCUGGUUUACCGCUUGAUGUUGACACUGAAGAAGUUAGAGAAGUCUUUAGCAAGUACGGCAUCAUCGCGGAGAGCGCAGAGGACAACGAGAAGCGUGUAAAGCUGUAUAACGACGCCAAUGGCAACUUCAAGGGCGAAGCCUUGAUAAUCUUCUAUCGUCCGGAGUCUGUCAGACAGGCUGUCAUGCUCGCUGACGGAAUGUUGUGGCCGCGCGACUUCGGUCAGCCGACCAGCACUAUCAGUGUGAUCGAGGCAGAUUCGACCUACAAGAAAUCAAAUGACGACACAGUCGCACCCGAGCGUGGCCCUUCUAAGGCUAGGCCAUCGAAAGCCAAGUUGAAGCGCAAAGCCGAAGAAAUGAAUCAACGCCUCGGCGAGUGGUCUGACGAUGACAUCUCAACCAUGCCACAAACCUCCUCUCGUUACGAUAAGGUAGUCGUAGUCAAGAACGCCUUCAAGCUCGAGGAGUUCGAGAACCAGAAGCCGGAUGAAGAUGUGCGCCAGGAUAUCUAUGACGACAUGUUUGAAGAGGGCGGAAAAUACGGCACAGUCAAACACAUCGAGAUCUUCGACCUCGAAGAAGAAGGUGUCGUAACUAUUCGUUUUCAAACCGCCGAAGCUGCGAGCGCGUUCGCCAGGGCAAUCGACGGCCGGAGGUUUGGUAGCCCCAUGCAGAUCCAAGCGUCAAUCUCAACCGGUGACGAGCGUUUCAAGAAGAAUCGGAAGACUGCCGAGCAGAAGGAAGCAGAAGAGGCGAGACGACUGGAACAGUACAGCAAGGACAUCGAAGGUGGUGCUUUUGUCAAUGGAGAUGGAAAGGCUUGA